AUAAUGGGCUCUUUUUCACGCUCUUUUAUGCUGAUUUUAGUAUUUAAUGCUCUCCUCGUCUGUUUAAUCCUCGCUCUCCCACACAAAGUACUUGCAAAGCAUGCGCAGUUGUACAAGGUCAAAGAAACAGGAUCACGUCCGGUCAGUUUUCAAUUAUGUGGAGAUAACAUUUACAGCGCCUUCAAGAGCAUUUGCUUCCCCAAGGGUUUCCGCUUUAAAAGAAGCUUUGAUGGCUUUUUAACCGACGAAAACACAGCGAACCACUACUUGAAGAGACAGUCAGCCCGCCAAUAUAAUUUAGUAGAAGAGUGCUGUAAGGAAGGUUGUGUUGCGGAAGAAGUCCAUGAAUAUUGUCCUUAGUAAUAAGAAAUGUAUUGGACUUUGCAGUUUAUUGUUUGAGAGAUUUUACAAGUGAAAUUACUGCGUAGCUAGGGCAAAAAAAAAAAAAAAAACAUA